AUGCCCGCCGGUACUUUGGAAAGAACGUCCCCAUCCGCUGUGGCUGCCACUCCGGCAAGUGGGGACUGCACACCCGAGAAACCCCGGACCCUGAUAGAGAACAGAAAGUCCUCCAAACCAAUCAUGGAAAAGCGGAGACGUGCGCGCAUCAAUGAGAGUCUUGGCCAGCUUAAAACCCUCAUCCUGGACGCACUCAAGAAAGACAGCUCCAGACACUCCAAACUGGAGAAGGCAGAUAUACUGGAGAUGACUGUGAAGCACCUCAGGAACCUGCAGCGACUUCAGAUGACUGCUGCUGUGAACACAGACCCAUCCGUCUUGGGUAAAUACAGAGCUGGGUUCAGUGAGUGUGUUGGAGAGGUCACUCGUUUCUUGUCCACGUGUGAGGGGGUGAACACAGAGGUUCGGACUCGCCUGCUCAGCCACCUGGCGGCCUGUGUGACCCAGAUCAGCGCUGUCAACUUGUAUGGACCUCACCCAGCCAUACUUGGACUUGGACAGACCAAUACACAGAUUCCAGCUGCAUCAGCCCCACAGAUGCCGUGCAAAAGUGGCUCAGCGAUGCACGUUUCCCCAGAAGCGAUGAAGCUCUACGGCGGCUUCCAGGUCGUGCCAGCGCCGGAUGGACAGUUCACUUUUCUUGUUCCCAGUGCAGCUCUCAUACCUCUGAGCGCACAAAACAGUCACCACAUGUCACCUGCUGCACCUCCGCUCACCACAGACUCUGUGUGGAGACCAUGGUAG